AGGAUUUCCCGCGCGAUAUUGCAUUGUCCCGAGUCCAGUAACGCCAAAACAGCAAAUCAUUAAGAUGGCAGGCAUACUGGAUGUUCCAAAACCAAGAAUAAACUGUUCCAUGCUGUCGCAGCACAUAAGCAGACCGGUCUGCUUCGUUGGACGUGUUGAAAAGGUACACCCGACAGGAAAAACAUUCACUGUCUCGGACGGAGAAGGGAAGAUUGCAACAGUUGAACUUAACGAACCUCUUCAAGAAGAGCUGAGUGGUGUUGUGGAGGUCAUUGGUAUGGUGUCCAACAAAGGAGCAAUAAUGGCCACCACAUACAACAUGCUACGAGAGGACAAGGGCGUUCCUUUUGAUUUAGAGCUGUAUAAUGAAGCCCUGAAAGUCAUCCAUGAUUUCCCCCAGCACUACCCAUUUGAAGUAGCUGCAAGUGGAUGAGGCUCACCUUGUAAAAUGUUAUUCUUUGUUCAUUUGAGUUGUCUUCUGUUUGUGCCCGUUGCUUGUUUCAUGUGAUGAGUUCCAAUAGAUUUGUAGAAAUGUAAUGUCAAGUAAGUUUUGUCAGCAAAAUUAAAACCUGUAAAGACCAAA